AUGUCGCGUCGAAGUUCUGAAGCGGGCGAGGGCGACGCCCUUUUGAACGCCGGCGAGGUUAUUGCAUCUUCUUCUCGAAACUAUUCUACACUUGAUGACCCGACUCCCACCGAAGGAAUAACUACAAGAGAUGGGACGUCAUUGGACACAGACAAAGAAAAGCCUGUGGGCCACGAUCAGUCUGACGACCCGGAGCGUUCACAUUCAUUAACUGAAGAGCUUGGCGAUGAGAGCAUCUCUUUGUACGAGAAGAAAUGCUUGCUUAUCAAUCGCGAGAUCGAUCUCAUGGGAAUGGGACGGUACCAGUGGUCGAUUUGGGCGCUCUGUGGCUUUGGCUACAUGAUUGACUUGAUGUGGGCACAAGCGUUUGGCCUCGUCUUAUCGCCAAUCCAGCAGGAGCUUGGAUUUGGAGCUGAUCAAACUGGCAAACUGUCUACUGCCUUUUCAAUAGGACUCACAGCGGGCGCGUUUGUGUGGGGCGUCCUGGUAGACGUGAUUGGGCGAAAGUUCUCUUUCAACCUGACAGUCUUCAUCGCGUGCAUCUUUGGCACUUGUAUCGGCGCUCCGAGCACUUACAACGCCAUUUUGGUCCUCACGGCGUUUACUGGGUUCGGCGUCGGGGGCAACAUUCCUAUCGACACCACGAUAACUUUAGAAGCCACACCACAGAGCAAACGCUAUCUUCUUCCGUUGUUGUCGAUCUUUCAACCCAUCGGUGUUGUCAUCUGCUCGGUGCUCGCCUAUGGUUUUAUACCAAACUGGUCUUGCAGUCCAAACUUCUCAGAGGGAGAUCGAGCGUUGCCUGCCUGCGGUGCUGUUGCUGCAGGGGAAGCGUGUUGUUCAAGAGAGGCCAACAUGGGAUGGCGGUAUCUACUCUUCACCCUAGGAGGGAUCACCAUACUUGUCUUCGUCUUACGUUCGGUGGUUUUCACCUUCCAGGAAUCCCCCAAGUUCCUCAUAUACCGUGGCAAGGAUGCCGAAGCCAUCCAAGUGUUGCACUCUAUGGCUCAAUACAACGGUACAAAGUGUACCCUGUCCCUAGAGGAUCUUGAAUCUCUGGAGCGGCCAUUUGAUUCGUGCCAGAGUACUGGGCCGAUGCUCGGAGGCGGUGUCAAGCAGCUCAAAUCCACCUGGACUGAGAAGCUCAAACUAGAAGGCGAUCGGUUCAAGAUUCUGUUUUCGAGCUUUCAAAUGACAAGACUGACACUUUUGGUUUGGUUGACUUACAUAUGCGAUUACUGGGGUUUCACUGUUGCCGGCUCCUACCUCCCACAAAUCCUGGCAGUGAAGAACGGCGCUCUAGAUCUUUCGCUUCGCUAUACUUAUCGCUCUUACAUCUUCAUCUAUCUUCCCGGAGUCCUCGGUGUUGUGCUCGGGACCCUGUCUUACCGUGCGUCGCGAGUUGGCCGUAAAUGGACAAUGGUGGUUUCCUCAGCAUUGAUGGGUAUAUCCAUCUUCCUCUUCAGUUCUGUCAACUCCGCAGCCUCGAACAUCGGCUUCAAUGUCAUGGAGUACUUCUUCCAAUCUAUGUUCAACUCGGUCUUGUACGGUUGGACACCUGAGGCUUUCCCAGCACCUAUUAGAGCGCGUUCUUUCCCUUACCUCCUCACCCCAGCCAUCACAGAAGAGAGACCGCGCCUGCGCUUCCCAGAGCGAGCGAUCGAGUAUGUGGGCUUCGAUGUUGAGCGGAAAGCUUUUGGCGGCGCGUAUCUAUCCGCACGGUAUGAGUCCCUAAGAGAAGAUACGGAUUUUACCGUUCAGAGAUAUCUCACCGGCAUCGUAACGAUGAACCCUGGAGAAGAGGAAUUGAAGGCAAAGAGCGUGGAUGAAGAGGAUAUGAAAAGGGUUAUGCGGGAUUUGGAGCUAGAGAGGUUUAUCGACAAGCCGGUUAGUAUGUUGAGUAAUGGGCAGAGCAGACGAGCGAGGAUUGCGAAGGCGUUAUUGAGUGGGCCUGAGAUGCUGUGCUUAGAUGCGCCCUUUAUCGGACUGGAUCCUAUCGUCACAAGGCAUAUCUCCAAGGUUUUGCAUCGUCUCGCGGAAGCAAAUGCACCACGCAUUGUUCUAAGUCUGCGACCCCAGGAUGAUAUUCCGGAAUGGGUUACGCAUGUUGUAUAUGCUGGGGAAGAUGGACAGGUGCAUAGAUUGGGACCAAAGGAAGAGGUCCUGAGGUACUUGGAAGAGAAGUAUGGGCAAGACGAGAGUACUAGGGGUGAUAAACGUAUCUCGACGAUUACGGAGACAGUGGAAGCAGGACGACAUUCGGCAAGAGAUGACUCUAAAACAUCGCCAAAUGCGCCAACACUGAAUCGAGAUGGCUACGAAAAAGUCGAUACCUCUAUGCCUACGAUCGGCGAACCCAUCGUCGAAAUGCAAGGAGUACGCAUCGCCUAUGGCCAGAACUCUGUCUUGGGAGACUGGCAACAGGAGGUCAAUGGCUCAUCUCGACCCGGUCUUCACUGGAACGUCCGUCGGAAUCAGCGCUGGGGUAUCUUUGGUGCCAACGGUUCCGGCAAGACUACCCUCCUGUCUCUUGUCACAUCAGAUCAUCCACAGACUUACUCUGCUCCUGUAAAGCUUUUCCAGCGCUCUCGCUUACCCGAGCCCGGCAUCCCAGGCAUAACCAUUUUCGAGAUACAAUCGCGAAUGGGUCAUGCGAGUCCGGAGGUUCAUGCCCUGUUUCCGAAGAGGCUAACUCUCAGAACAACACUGGAGAGUGCAUGGGCUGAUACGCCGAUCACGAAGCCAAGACUUGAUGAAGAGGCGAAGAAGAGGGUGGACGCAUGCUUGAGUUGGUUCGAGGCAGAACUUAGGCCGGGGUUCGGCGGUGGUGAAAAGAGUAGCGAGACUCUCGCAUGGGCGUCUGACACUCUGUUCGGUGAGGUGUCAUUCUCAGCACAACGGGUACUCCUCUUCCUGCGCGCCACGAUCCGUAAUGCUGAUAUCGUUAUUUUGGAUGAAGCCUUCAGUGGUAUGGACGACCUGGUUCGGGACAAGUGCCUUUUGUUCCUUAGUCGUGGCCAGAGCAUGGAACUCAAGCCGUCUGAUGACGGGCCAAGACCGGUGAAAUGGGAGGGUGAGGUCGUAGUACCAGGACUACAAGAACAUCAAGCUUUGCUUUGUGUCAGCCAUAGUAAGCACGAAGUGCCUGGAUGCAUACGGGAAUGGGUAUGCCUACCCGAACCAGGCACAGGACCACCUAGAUUCGGUCGGUUUAACGGGCCUGUUGAGUUGGAUGUGGGACGAUGGAAUGAAGUGUGGAAUGAGGCCUCUUAA